AUGAACAUUCAUCGACAAUUAAGAACCAAGAUUAAUCAGAAUGAUAAGUUUGGGGGGAAGCAACCAGAAAUUUCUCGCCAAGGCACUACACUAUCUGGGGAUCAAGCUGAAAUUGUUGAACAAGAGGGAUUGCCUGAUGAGAAAGAAAAAAAUGAAGUUUCAGCAAGUUAUCAAGCAGAUAGUGAGAAAUUUAUUGCCAAGGAAAUAGUUUCCUCACCACCUAUAGCAUAUAAAGUCAGACCUCAAUUGCCCUUUCCUCAACGGUUGAAGAAUCACAACAACGAGAUUCAAUUCAAGAAAUUUGUUGAUGUCCUUGACCAAUUGUAUAUUAAUGUUCCAUUACUUAAAGCCAUCGAACAGAUGCCUUCCUGUGCUAAAUUCCUGAAGGACAUUGUCAUGAAGAAGAGAAUCAUAGAAAGAAUAGAAAAUGUUAUCGCGGCGAAAGAAUUAUGUUUUACAUUAAGCAAACUUCUGUCGAAGCAAAAAGAUCUUGGCAGCUUUGUGAUACCAUGUUUUAUCGGUGACAACUUUGUAGGGCGAGCUCUUGUCGACUUGGGUUAA